UCCUUUGACGAACAGUCAGCAUAAUACCUGGUGAAUCCAGUAAACCAAACAGCCGUGACUGAAAUAUAGAAGGAAAUACUUCCUGUGAUGGCUUGGAAUAUGUUAUUAACUAUACUAGGGGCCAUUCUGAUGACGCUCCAAGUGGUGGCAGUUAAGGAGAAAGUCUUUCUGAUGCUUGUUGACGGUCUACGGUGGGAUCGUUUAGGCUAUGAUUUCCCGUCUCUAGACCUGAUGGAGGAGAAUGGCGUCCGAGCAGAGUGGACAGAUCCCGUCUUUAUAACAGUGUCGUCACCGAGUAUGGUGUCAAUCGCAACAGGUCUUUACGUGGAGAGCCACGGCGUGGUCCACAACCAGCCUUUCGAUCCAGAGACCGGGGAAAUCGCCCCGGGUUACCUGGAAGGACUGAACAGCACCUGGUGGUUCAACGGCGGGGGCGAGCCUGUCUGGCUGACAGCUAUGGACCAGGGACUUAAAGCGGGUACCUUCAUGUAUCCCGGCGGUCAGGUGCCCAUCAAUGGCCGGCAGCCCACCCGCUGGCAACUGUCGUCCACCCCGGAGAGGAAGCGGUACGCUAACCUGACGGAUAGAGCCGACGCCAUCUUUGACUGGAUGUACGGAGAGGAUGAUUUGGAUAUUGUCCUGUUUCACGUUGAGGUCAUUGACAAUGCACUCCAUGGCUUCGGGUUCACUGGACUUAAUAUAGCCAAGAAGGAAGCAGCGAAGGUCAAUAAGUUGAUCGACUACAUCCUGACAAAGAUAGAGGCCGACGAGAAGGUGAAAGACACCUUGAACUUCAUUUUAACGAGCGACCACGGAAUGGUCGAGACGCCGACAAACAAGCGGAUUUACCUGUACGAUUACAUCAAUCAAACCGACAUUGAUUUCAUCUUCGCGGACGUCGGGCCGGUGUUUCAAAUCAAACCAAAAGAUGGCGCCCUGCAGAAGGUUUAUAACAUUCUCAAGAACGCCCAUCCAGCUAUGUAUGUGUACAAGAAGGAAGACUUUCCGGACAGGUUUCACUAUGGCAACAACCCGAGGAAUCUGCCCAUCAUUGGCUAUGUGGAUCCCACUUGGACACCAAUGAAGGAAAGACGAUUUGUCGUAAAAGCUGCCGAUCAUGGGUACGACAACGAGGACAUGAGGAUGAAAUCAUCGUUCUACGCCCAGGGGCCCGCCUUCAAGAAGGCUUAUCGAGCCAAACACUUCGAAUCGGUGAACAUAUACCCCAUGAUGUGCGAACUCCUGGGCAUCAUGCCAGCUCCAAAUAACGGGUCUAGAGAUAAUUACAUGGACAUGUUGGUAUCAGGAGACUCCCUGACUACGCCCGGGCCAUGUGGUUGCAACAACGGCGCUGCUUCGCUGAGUCGUCGUUUUUCUUCCUCUCGUAUGAUUUUGUGGCUAGUGUUGUUCGUUUUUUCACAAGUAAACUAAUAAUAAAUAUCAUAGCAUUUAGACGAUGACAGCAAUGCAGUGCGCCACCAAGAGUUUACCACGGAGAGUUCAUAUUUCCCAUUGUAUUUUGGGAGAUGGUCGACAAAUUCACAGCGCGGGACAUUUGAAAUUGUUAGUUUUUCCGGUUAGUACAUUCGUACGGUGUAUCUGUUUGCCCUUUUCAAUUCUUUUUAUUAAUAUAAUGUGGUUUUUAGGAAGCAGAACGCUAUGCCCCAAUCUUUAACAAACUAUUUCAAGUAGUCUGCCGACACUCAUUCAAAUGGAUCAUGUUUUGUCGACCGUAAACUUGAAAAAUUGACUCUCCAUGGCAAACUCUUGGUGACGCACUACAUUGUGAAUCGCCAAAUUGGGGAGGUCGGACACUUUUAUUCAGUUUCUAUCUGUUUUAUGGAAUGAUCUUGCAAUAUCAACGGAAAUAUCAAAAAUGGAUACUUCUAUUAUUUAUUGAGACAGGUUAAUCUUGUACAGGAUGUAAAACAUAUUUUAGUUUUAACGAAACAUUCUUGUGAGUACAUAUUAAAUGAUAAUCUACAAAGUCAUCGCAUUUCCUCCUCUUUUUUCUCUAGAGUUUGUUUAUUAGCAAAAUAAGUGUUUAUAACAUUUGAAACAAUAAGCCGAUGUUACUUACGUUUUUCAGCGCUCUAGGAAACUCCUGCUUAAUAGAAGCUGAAAUGUAUACCAGUGCUGGAUAGACUAUAAACCCCGUAAGAUUGCAAAAUAUUUAUUUAAAUGAUUCAUAAUGCUGUAACCUCGACUAUAUACUGGAAAUGACGAUUUUUGAAGCAAGCAAGCUUAAAUUUUAACUUGACCUCGGAAGCUUUGGUACUUCCCGGAAAAUAUGAUCUACGUUUAAAUGAUUUAAUUCGUCCUUUCGUAUUAUAAGGUAUACUCAUAAUAGAUUAAUCUGAUGUACGCCAUUCGAUGGGGAGUCAGGUUAGCGCAAUGGUUCUUUCCGUGCCUUCCACCGCUGUGACCUUGGUUCGAUUCCUGCCUGAUCCACAUGUGGAUUGGGUUUUCAGCCC